GGUUUAAAGGAGGAAACCCCCGAGAGCGAGAGCGCGGAGGAAAUCUGGCCGCCGACGCGUGCGCGCUCCCGUGAAAGAAAAGCACAAGAAAUAAAGAAACUUUUACUGUCAUUGUUGAUUUGACUAUUACACCGAUCCAAGUCCAAACCAAAAAAAAAAAAGCUGCCGAAACUUAGAAGCUGAUUCUGUCACAGUAUAAGAUGCCCUUGGAAAAUUCUACAUUCCUCUUAGAUGAAUCUUUAGAACUUGAUCAAGAUAUAGAACAUUUUCAUCAAUCUAGGAGCCUCCUUCAUGCCCCCUGACAGUCAUCACGCACUCCCACAGAAUUUUGAAACUGAUGGUCAGCCAUAUAGAAGAAUACAUUGAACCUCUAGUUUUCUGAAGAAUCAGUUCAAAAGAUCCAAAAAAUACAAAAGGAGAAGUACAAAUGUCUACCACAAGACGAAAACGUAAUAUGUUAUGUUGUUUACCGUAAGCUGUAGUAAAAUGAGCUCGAUUAUUGACAGAGAUGAUGGUAGUAUUUUUGAUGGGUUGGUGGAAGAAGAUGACAAGGACAAAGCAAAAAGAGUAUCUAGAAACAAAUCUGAAAAGAAACGUAGAGAUCAAUUUAAUGUUCUCAUUAAAGAAUUGGGAUCCAUGCUUCCUGGUAAUGCUAGAAAGAUGGACAAAUCUACCGUUCUACAGAAGAGCAUUGAUUUUUUACGAAAACAUAAAGAAAUCACUGCACAGUCAGAUGCUAGUGAGAUUCGACAGGACUGGAAACCUACAUUCCUUAGUAAUGAAGAGUUUACACAAUUAAUGUUAGAGGCUCUUGAUGGUUUUUUUUUAGCAAUCAUGACAGAUGGAAGCAUAAUAUAUGUGUCUGAGAGUGUAACUUCAUUACUUGAACAUUUACCAUCUGAUCUUGUGGAUCAAAGUAUAUUUAAUUUUAUCCCAGAGGGGGAACAUUCAGAGGUCUAUAAAAUACUCUCUACCCAUCUGCUGGAAAGUGACUCAUUAACUCCUGAAUAUUUAAAAUCAAAAAAUCAGUUAGAAUUCUGUUGUCAUAUGCUUCGAGGAACAAUAGACCCAAAGGAGCCAUCUACCUAUGAAUAUGUGAAAUUUAUAGGAAAUUUCAAAUCUUUAAACAGUGUAUCCACUUCAGCACACAAUGGUUUUGAAGGAACUAUACAACGCACACACAGGCCUUCUUAUGAAGACAGAGUUUGUUUUGUAGCUACUGUCAGAUUAGCUACACCUCAGUUCAUCAAGGAAAUGUGCACUGUUGAAGAACCCAACGAAGAGUUUACAUCUAGACAUAGUUUAGAAUGGAAGUUUUUAUUUCUAGAUCACAGGGCACCACCCAUAAUAGGAUAUUUGCCAUUUGAAGUUCUGGGAACAUCAGGCUAUGAUUAUUAUCAUGUGGAUGACCUAGAAAAUUUGGCAAAAUGUCAUGAACACUUGAUGCAGUAUGGGAAAGGCAAAUCAUGUUAUUACAGGUUCCUGACCAAAGGACAGCAGUGGAUUUGGCUUCAAACUCAUUAUUAUAUCACUUAUCAUCAGUGGAAUUCAAGGCCAGAGUUUAUUGUUUGUACUCACACUGUAGUAAGUUAUGCAGAAGUUAGGGCUGAAAGACGACGAGAACUUGGCAUUGAAGAAUCUCUUCCUGAGACAGCUGCUGACAAAAGCCAAGAUUCUGGGUCUGAUAACCGUAUAAACACAGUCAGUCUCAAGGAAGCACUGGAAAGGUUUGAUCACAGCCCAACCCCUUCUGCUUCCUCCCGUAGUUCAAGAAAAUCAUCUCACACCGCAGUCUCAGACCCAUCCUCAACACCAACAAAGAUCCCAACGGAUACUAGCACUCCUCCCAGACAGCAUUUACCAGCUCAUGAAAAGAUGGCACAAAGGAGGUCAUCAUUUAGUAGUCAGUCGAUAAAUUCCCAGUCUAUUGGUCAAUCAUUAACACAGCCAGUGAUGCCUCAAGCCACAAAUUUACCAGUUCCACAAGGCAUGUCCCAGUUUCAGUUUUCAGCACAGUUAGGAGCCAUGCAGCAUCUGAAAGACCAGCUGGAGCAGCGGACACGAAUGAUAGAGGCAAAUAUUCAUCGGCAACAAGAAGAACUAAGAAAAAUUCAAGAACAACUUCAAAUGGUCCAUGGUCAAGGGCUGCAGAUGUUUUUACAGCAGUCAACCCCUGGGUUGAAUUUUGGUUCUGUUCAACUUUCUUCUGGAAAUUCAUCUAACAUCCAACAACUCGCACCUAUAAAUAUGCAAGGCCAGGUUGUUCAAACUAACCAAAUUCAAAGUGGAAUGAAUACUGGACACAUUGGCACAACUCAACACAUGAUACAACAGCAGACUUUACAAAGUACAUCAAGUCAGCAGAGUCAACAAAAUGUACUGAGUGGGCACAGCCAACAGACAUCUCUUUCGAGUCAGACCCAGAGCACUCUUACAGCCCCACUGUAUAACACUAUGGUGAUUUCUCAGCCGGCAGCCGGAAGCAUGGUGCAGAUUCCAUCUAGUAUGCCACAAAACAGUACCCAGAGUGCUGCAGUAACUACAUUCACUCAGGACAGACAGAUAAGAUUUUCUCAAGGUCAGCAACUUGUGACCAAAUUAGUAACUGCUCCUGUAGCUUGUGGGGCGGUCAUGGUACCUAGCACUAUGCUCAUGGGUCAGGUGGUGACUGCCUACCCUACUUUUGCUACCCAGCAGCAGCAGUCACAGACAUUGUCAGUUACGCAGCAGCAGCAGCAGCAGCAGCAGCAGAGCUCCCAGGAACAGCAGCUUACAUCAGUUCAGCAACCAUCUCAGGCUCAGCUGACCCAACCACCACAGCAAUUUUUACAGACUUCUAGGUUGCUCCAUGGGAACCCUUCAACUCAGCUUAUCCUCUCUGCUGCAUUUCCACUACAACAGAGCACUUUCCCUCAAUCACAUCACCAGCAACACCAGUCUCAGCAGCAGCAGCAGCAGCAGCAACUGAGUCGGCACAGGACUGACACUCUGACCGAUCCUUCCAAGGUUCAGCCGCAGUAGCACAUGUCUCCUCUCUGACCUCAAGGGAGGAAGGGGUUUUCCCAUAAAGAGUUGCUCAGAUGAUCUGAGGAUUAGGAGGAAAAGUUCUAGCAGUUUCGUGAGAUGCAGUAUUGAGUAUUCUAAUUCCUUGAAUUAGUUAGCAGGGAAAAUGCUGCCUAGUGCUACAGAUGUACAUUAAAUACCAGCCAGCAAGAAAUGAUCAUAUGGCCAUAGCCAAUUCUGACAGUGUUUUAAUUUCCCAGAUAUUUUUUGAUGGAAAAAGAGUAUAUUGCCAAAUGUUAAGAAGCUCAGCUAUGAAAUAUAACCUCCAGUGAAUCAGAAAGGCACUAACAAUGUUAGUAACUUUCAGUGGUUCUGUGCCUGUUUCAAGUGUUACAGAGGACACACCACUGCCACGUCAGGGGUUUGCUUACAAUGAUGCCAUGAAGACAGUCCAGUAGACCCAGUAGGCCCUCUUCCUCAACCCCUCUCCCUUUCAGAUAAUGAUGGAAUUGCAAUUUCAGAAUGUUGUAUGGUUUCAAACUCUCUAUGUACAGAUGCUGUAAAAAUAUUAUGUAUAUGUCUGGAUAAAAGGAAAGAAAGCAAAACAUUUUGUAUGCUGCAUGAAAGCAUUAUCUCCUCCUUAAAGGUAUGAGUACAUUUCCAUAGAUUCUGAUGCCAUGUGCAAACUAAUACAUCCUUUGUUUUCCCUUUUGUUUACAACACAAUAGUGUUCUCACUUUCCGGGGCACAAGUCUUUCGUUCAUACUUGGCUGUGAUGUCACAGUUUGUUCAGUGAGGUAUGAUGUGCUGCUGGGAAUGGAUUUUGUUUUUUCAGGUUAAAUGAUUGAAAUAACAGGAUUUUCAAGUUACUCAGAAGUAUCCUUCAUUUCACUAUUUUUCAAUAAUGUUUGAAAAUAGGAUUUGCACUGCUUUAUUUUAGAAGGUUGGGAGUUUUGAUCACAUGUUUUGAUAUAGUUCAUAGUUGGAAAUAGUUGUGUAAAUGGUUUUCAACAAGCCUGAAAGUAAUUCAUGAAUGUUUCAGUUACAGGAGUGAAAUUUGCACACAAAACGUUUUAGGCACUUUUUAACAUUCUCACUGGUGGGAAUUUUAACUUUUAGGAUUUGUUGGAAUCUUUUUAUUAUCCUUCACAAUUUCAAUGCUUCUUUUAGUCAGAAAUGAUUCAGGGUUAUUUGAGGGGGAAAAAAAACCCAUAGUGCCUUGAUUUUGAUUCAGGUGAUAACUCACCAUCUUGAACUCAUUGUCUGGUUUCAGUAGCAGUUUUGAAACCUUAGUCCAUUUCUAAUAGCAUGUGGGUAUCAGUGCCAUUAUUCCCCUAAGUUCCCUUGAAGACUGCUUUGAGUCUCUUGGGCUGGAGGUACAAAUUAUUUAGAAAUAAAAGGUGACAUCCUAACACUAUCAGAAUCAUUAAUAUGAUUGCAAAUUGUUUUUCUAAGCACCUUCCUUUAAAGCUAGAUAGUCACUGAAGAAUUACCAGUAAAUAUUUGCUCAGUGUGAUUCCUACAAAGAAAAAGGGUAGGAAUUUGCUUUGCCUUUACUACAACAAUAGAAUAUUGUAACACAUGCUUUCUAAACAUGAACUAAGAUUUCAUUUGGCAAUAUCAUAUUCCAAAGAUAAUAAAUUACAACAAAUUAUAUUCAUAGAGAAGCAUUUUAUAUAUUCUAUGGUACUAAUAAUUAAAUUUACAAUUAUAGAGCAAAGGAAAAUAUCUUAUUAAAAUAUAAAAAAUUAUUACUGUGGAAAGGGAAAACAGCAAACUGUAAUAAGUCAAAAUUGACCUGAAAAGAAAAUGUAUAACAGAAUUGAGGUUGUUAACAGAAAAGGUUUUGAGCAAUGAAAAUGACCUAAUGCAGAAUUGCUAGAUAAAGGAGUCAGAGGAACUCUAAGUCAGUUCUUAAGACUUUUCUGCCCUCAGCUUUGCUAUCAUCAUUAAGGGAUAUAUUAUCUUUCUAUAGAAAACUAUACCUGGCCACACUUAAAAUAGAAAUGUUGAAAAAGAAAACAACCAAAGAAAGUUGGUACCUACCCUUCUAUAAAAGAAGUGUCACUAGAUACCAAUCCGUAAUUAACAUAUCAAGGAGCUCCUUCCUCUUCUGGCUAAAUGAUCAGAAGAGAUUUCUGACUUUCUCAUGAAUGUCAAGGAUAGCUGUCAGAAUGUGUGUGUACUUGAGCACACACACACAUAGACGAAAAUUGAUGUUGUAAAAUAUGGCAACAGUAUUAAUUUUCUCCCCUUUCAAAUUGCCUGUGUUGACUUUAUUAUGCCAUUCCAUACAUAUCUGAGUUGUGCCUCAUUCAUUCAUUGGUGAUAUCUAGUGAUACGGAUUUAGCUAAUAAAAGAUAUGAAAAUUAUAUUAAGGUUUGUCCUCCAAGUACCAUACUUAAAAGAAAGAUAGAUGGUAGACCAUGAGUACUGUGUACUUAAGAUUAACAAAAGCAAAGCCUAAGACAAGUUAGGCAAAAUUUUGCAUUUAUAAUUCCUGUUGUUCCUCACAGCUCACUUUUUCCUGCUUAGAAUUGAUUGCUAAAUUUAAAGGAGCAGCUAGCUGCUUUUCCUCUGCUGUCAGUAGGCAUUGUUGUGUUGGAAGAGCUAGUAAGCAGCAUCUGCCUCUUAGCUCCUUUAACUGUUUUCCUCCUGCUUCUCUUGAACUUGGGCUGCAAAGCUGUCCCUGCUCCAUGAAUGGAGACUUGAGCAUUCUGAUGAAGAUUCAGCAGUUUGCCUGUUCUCCAUUCAUUUCUGUAGCCAAAGUUGUAAAUUAAAUCCUAAAUCUGUCAUGAAAAAAACACCAAAUAGGAACACCUUUUAACUACUUAAAAGUCAUCUUUCUUCUGCUUUACUCUCAUAGUCAGUCAUUUUUUUGUUAAAAAAACAUUUUAUUCUGGGUGGCACUUUUUAGGUAGAAACUGUUGAAGAUCAGGCAAAAUGCUAGCUGUUCUGCAGUUAUCUUGCUUUGGACUGCUGUGGCACUGCACCAGUCAGUAUUGUUUACUACAUGUGAAGGCUACCAGGACUAAUUAUUACUGCCAGGAGUGUGUGAAACCUGAGCCUGGACACUCAAAAGUACUCUAUUUUUUGAGUGAAAACUAUGGGCAGAAAAGCAGAUACAGCAGAUGGGGGUAGCAUUCAGUAAAUACUACAGUUCAUUCUCCACACCCUGUCUUGAGGGGGUAAUUUGAGUCCUGUGCUCUGCUUUGUCACUUAGAUCUGGUUUAGGAAUGUACUAGUAAUAAAAGGAUGCCAGUGACUUUGAAUGGUUCUAGUACUGAGUGCAGAAUAGUGAAAUGGUCAUUUGGAUUCUUCAGAAGUGCUGUGGUUGCUGGUCAUGGCCUUAAAGCGGUCUGCUUGCAGUUAGCUACGGGGCAGUGAGGCAGUGCAGCUCUGUAAGGGGCAUUGUGCGUUGAAGGGAGAUGAACGAUUGUUCAAGAAGCCUUAGGUAGGGGUCCUACAGACAGGUGAAAGUUAUUUUUAACUGGAUAUUACUCAACUGUUUUAAAAUGUUUCCACUACAUUAAGGUAAACUUUUUUUAAAAGUAGAAUGCAAAUAGCAUUUUACUCUAGUAUUAUUUUUUCUUUUUCUGUGUUUCUUUGGUGAUUGAAAGUUUGUUAAUGAACAUUUGUGUUAAACUCAUUCAAGUCUGUAACCUUUCCAAUAUCUGUGACCCUGUUCAUAGCCCCUGGGAGUCAAUGUUGGAAGGUGUAAACACUGGAUAUUACUAUUGCUGAGUGAGUCUAGCCAGGAGUAAACCGAUUGGAAAAGAAAUAGCACAACGGCACUUGCCAUUUUAGUAGUGAUUGAGAAAGAACCUUUUAAGUUUGUUUGGGUUGGGUGAGCAUUCUUCUAAAAGGAGCUUCUGAAGUAAUUGCAAAGGAAAAGAGUCGACUAUUUUUAUAGCAUAUUUAAUAUAUUUGUAUAUAACUAUGAAUAUAGUAGGAACCACCCUUCACAUGCCUCCCACUUUUCUAAUUUCCUCCCCCUUUGCCAUAGCACUAGUAUAGCCUCGUCCGCAUGGGUAAUGUGCCUCUUGUCAGCCUACCAAAAGAUAGUGCUGCUGCUUUCUGAGACAGGUGAGACUCUCAUGCCUGGGGAUCCUUUAUGUAGGAGUAGCACACACUUAAAACAACAUACCACAGUCUAAAAGCAUCAUUUUGAAAUAUAACAAGCACUUUAUUGCAAUUAUUCAUUUUGAUAAAGUUUAUCUUAGGCAUUACCAUUUGUAAAGGAUCCCCAAAUCAUCACUUAGGUGAAAUUUUAAAAUGACAUUUCUGAGAAAUGUUUAGAUCCAGUGAACCGUAGUAGGUUUAUGGGAGUGAUUUCAAGGUAGCCAAAUGAACUUUGACUUUGUUUUGAAUGUGGUGGAGUUGAGAUUGUUGAUGCUAGUUCCAUUUAGACACUAUUGUAAACCUAUCUUGCCUAUUGUGUGGACACCAAAAGAGCCUGUUUAUUUUCAGAAGUCUAGGAAAAUUGAGUCAGUGUGAAUAGAUGUAUAGAACUAACCUAAAAGUGAUUGUUAGUAAUAUUUUAGAAUACAGUCAUUUCAAGAAUUAUCCUGGGUGUUUUCAAUGUGGUCUGAAAUGUUAGCAUGUCAUUUCAGCGUUCCCAUUUGAAUUGCUCUUGUAUAUUUUUGCACAAAAAGGACUGAGAUAAGGACUACUUUGGUUGAAGAAAAGGAAAAAAAGUGUAAUCUGGUCUUAUUUUAAUGACUUCUGUGGAAACACUGGGGGUGAAUUUUGUUGGUAUAGUUAUAAUUCAGGAUAUUUAAAACAGUAUUGAACAGCUCACAAAUUAAACAAAUGUGGAUAUUUAAAGAUUAAAACACUUUCUUUCCAUGUGACUGUUUUGCAUAUUUCCCCCGUGUCAUAAUUUAACACUACAUUCCUUGUUUUUCUUAAAUAAAAUACUUUGCAGGUUAUUUUGAGUAUUUAACAUAUUUUGUAAGCUGCCUGGGUUUUCCUAAGGAAAUGUCCUUUACUGAAAUAGGAUAUAGUUUAUGAAGAGAUUAAGUGAAAUUCCAUCACCACCACCAGCAAACACAGGUGCUGCGUUAAGUGACAAUCAGAAUAGCGAGUAUUUAUGGAAGAGUUUAGAAAGUGGUUUUAAAGAAAUUGCUUUGUAAGCAGUUCUCUGGGUUUCUUGAAUAAAAAUGGCUAAAUGUAUUUAUUUAUA